CUAAUAUUGUAGCAUUUGUUAAAUGACAGAGCUUUGCAGAGAGGAAAUUGAUUUUUAAAAUCACAGUUCCUGAGAUGUUUUAGAGGGUUAGAUUAGAUAGAUGAGGUUAAAGAAUCAUCAGAUGCAAUCCGGCUUUAAUACUUUGCAUUCUGGGUGGGGACAAGCCAUCUAAUAAUACACUUGUGUAUACAAACAGAUGUCCACCUGACUGUGUUGUUGUUGUAGCUCAGGUUUUCCAGGAGCUAAAAGGCAUUGUGGGAUAUUUUUGGGCAGCAGGAAUAUACCCAGCAGAGCAAAGUGCUAAUACCCUAACUGUACACACACAUGCACACACUCAGGGAGGCGGGAGGGAACAGCUUGUGAGGAUUUGCUCUGUAUUAACCCUGAGAAGGGACAGAGAGCUAGCUGGAGUACAGGGAAGACAGGCUGAACAGACAUUGAUAAAUACCAUUUAUUUUUUGCACAAACAAAUAGUGCAAGAUGUUUAGAGAGUGCAGCAGCAGUGAUAAAAGUUAGAUGCAAAGAAGUUUGAAGUAAUUUUCUAAUCCUGCAGCUAAUGACUCCGUAGAUUAGACGUUGAAGAGAGAAAUCUGGUGAGAGAAAAGCUAAAGGAGGACAUCAGAAACAAAAAAAGCGCUUUGUAUUUUUCAUGAAGAACCUGAGAAAGUUUCACCACCAGCUGUCCGAAGAUAGAGACGGAGCAGAAUGGGACACCCUAAUGUGCCACUCACGUACACUUAUACGCGUUCCCACAGGGACAAACACAAAUCCAGCCGGCUGCAGCUCCACACACCGAACGACAAUCUGAACAAUGCACUGGGUGCCAUCAGAGUCCUUGGUUUGGAACUGAUUGAAGAUGAACUCAAACCACACUUGAACACAGUGCUGACCAACAUUAAAGAGCGGAGCAAAGGCGCUCCUGAGCAGGUAGUGAUCAGUGGGAUCCUACCAAUUCUGGCUCUGUCUCUGAGGAAAAGAGGGGCUCUCACCCUGCUGACUGCAAAACUCGUGGCUGAACUCGCCAAGGAAUCUGUGGUUCGUAAAGGUUUUGGUGACGCCGGUUUGGUUACAGCUUUGCUGUCUGUGCUGACCAGUCCAGACCAAGAACUGCUCCUUCAUGCUGUACGGGCCAUCUCACGCAUGUCUUAUGACAGCUCCAAGCAGCAGGAACUGUUACUACGCCGAGGUGCGGUGCCUCGUCUAGUCGCCAUCCUCUUCCGUUUUCCUGAUAAGGAGGCCCUGGAGGACGUGUGCCUUCAGGCCCUCUGUAACCUCAGUGGUAUGGGAGUGGCGGAAGAGGCAGGGAUGGUCUGGGAGAGGGGUGCGUCUGUUAGGCCAGGGGAGUCUGUGUUUCAUGGCGUCCCUCCUCACAGCUGUGGUUUUGCCUCCUCUGUGACUCUGGUGCGUGUCUCUAAUUGGGCACCAGGUCAGUAUGCAGUCAACAUCGAGGUUUUCCAGCGCUGCUCCUCCUCUUUCUGGAACCUUCACGGGAACAGACAGACUGCUCGUUGGUUCCCGUUUUCCAGCUUGGGCAACUGUUCAAAUUUUUACAAGGUGAUCAAGCUCUCUACGAGGAAUGUUCCUCAAACCAAAAGUCUGAAGACUCGGGUGUUCCACACUUUCCUCUGACAGCCUAAAUAGAGCAAACAUGGUGACCUAACCUAACUGGACUACAAAAGUUUGAAGAGAUUAGCCUACUACGACUUCUCCUGUGGAGGAUGUUUGGAGUUGCUACCCUAACACUCACACCAAUUAUUGAUAUGCACUAAAUCGUGAGGAGGAGGUUUACAUGCCAAAGACCUGGACAUGCACACUUUAAAAUGUUCAACCUGCAAAUCCUCCUGAAUGUACUAGGUCUAUUCUUGUUGACAUUGAUGUUGUAUUUUUGUGCUUCUUGUUGGCAUUCCUUGGCCCAGUUUGGAAGUUAGUUUUUUGGUCCAAAAAGUGAACUUUUCGAACCACAUGCAUACAGUCAGAUAAAAACAUCAGUAGCAGCUCACAUCAGAUGAUUCAGCUAUUAUGAAUCCUAAGCCACACACUGCUGUUUAAUUUGUGCAAUAAGAAAAAUCUGUAAAUAAAAGAAGCUAUCUAUCAAAACAUGAAAAUCUUAAAAGAUGAAUGCUGAUCAUUUUUUCCACAAGUGCUUGAAAUCAAUACAGAGCAAUAUUGAUAUAUUUAUGUUCUUUUCUAAAUUGCAAGUUUAAUAUAAUUUUGGAUUCAUUCUAUCUGUGGCACAAACUUUAAAUAAUAAAAUGCCUUGACAUUCAA